GUCAUCCAGUAAUAAAGAUUGUUGAAAAAUAAUUGUGAAAAGGCCAUUUUUGUUAUAAGAUACAUAAACAACAAGAUUUCUGGUAGAUUGUAUAUCAUUUGAAGGCAAGUCAAAAUGCCAAUUUUCAUUGUGCGCCAAACAAGAAAAAGAACACAAUGAAUCGGCAAAACGAUUGCCUCUGUUUUCCAUGGAAUCUUGGAGCGUUUGACAGUUGUGCAUUGGCCUCGAAUGAUAUCCAACGGCCGUUCAGCAGACCGGUUUUGGCGGCAACUUGUUAUCCGGAGAAAUAUUCGUGAAUUUGUUCCUUUCCUCUAGCCGCAAUGGCACCGCGGAAAAACACCAAAAAGCAACCCAAACCGACGGCACGCGCCCGACAGCAAAGGGUGGAACGUACCCCAAGCCCACCGAGAAGUGUUGACCUAGAGCUAGCUUACCGGCCCUUGAAAACCGUCAAUGAGCUUCGUAAUGUGAUGGGCGACGAAUCGGACGACCAGACAACGGCCGGGAGUGUGAUGGAAUCGUACCGCGACAGUACAACCCAAUCGCGGCCUAACUUUUCCUUUCUGCCGUCGCAUAAACACUCCAGCCCAAACAAUCACGGCAAUAAACGGACCGCCGCCGCCGCCGCCGCUGACCAACCUCCAGCAACGGUACACCGGCUCACCAGCAUGUCCACCGUCCCCAACAAUGGACUGGAACACGAGGACACUGACUCCGAACCCGGUCCCAGCACCAGCCGCCGGGGAUCAUCCCGAAGCGAACGCGACGAGACAGGCGGCAGCCGCAUAUCCGCCGCUUCCAACACUGGAGGGAAUUCAACCAAAGGCCAGCCUUCCAGAAGUCGAAAGCAGAAAAUCCCUACCAAUCUGAAUGUGCUGAAAGAAAUCCAUAAGCUGCAAGGGACGGUGCAUAAUCUGAUUCCCAAGCUAAGCUUCGGGCGCUUGAUCCGCGAAGUAUUGAGCGAAUAUUCGCACCGUUCUCUGAAGGUGACUCCGCAGAUGCUGGAAUGUUUGCAGGAAUCGGCCGAAGUGUACCUAAUGCAGGUGUUCAGUGACUCCUAUCGUUGCACCCUUCACCGGGGCCGAGUGACGCUCAUUCCCAAAGACAUGGAGCUGGCUUUAAUGCUGCGGCGCAAUUGAUUGUUUGGUGGUU